AUGCGGGCCGGGGCUGAGGUGAAAGAUGGCUCUGUCGCGGGGGCUGCGGUGCUGCCAGCGGGCCUUCGCCUGGCUGCCCGUCCUCAUCAUCACCCUCGUCGUCCUCUGGUCCUACUACGCCUACGUCUGCGAGCUGUGCCUAGUGACUCUGAGCAACCCUGUGGAAAAAGUGGCCUAUCUUAUAAUAUUCCAUAUUCUCUUUGUACUCUUUGUGUGGACAUACUGGAAGUCUAUUUUUACGCUCCCGGUGCAGCCAGGCAAAAAGUACCAUAUGUCCUACGCUGACAAAGAGCGCUACGAGAAUGAAGAAAGGCCGGAGGUGCAGAGGCAGAUUCUCGCCGAAAUGGCCCGGAAGCUGCCGGUGUACACGCGGACGGGGAGCGGAGGUAUUCGAUUCUGUGAUAGAUGCCAACUAAUCAAACCUGAUCGUUGUCACCAUUGUUCCGUUUGUGCCAUAUGUGUGCUAAAAAUGGAUCAUCACUGUCCGUGGGUGAAUAACUGCAUUGGAUUUUCUAACUACAAAUUCUUUCUACUGUUCUUAGCCUAUUCUUUGUUGUAUUGCUUGUAUAUUGCUGCAACAGUCUUCAAGUACUUCAUUAAGUAUUGGACAGGUGAAUUGACAAAUGGACGGUCCAAAUUUCAUAUCCUUUUCCUUCUCUUUGUGGCGAUCAUGUUCUUCGUGAGCCUUAUGUUUCUGUUUGGUUACCAUUGUUGGCUCGUUAGUAGAAACAGAUCUACUUUAGAGGCUUUCUCGGCUCCAGUGUUUCAAAAUGGCCCAGAUAAAAAUGGAUUCAAUCUUGGCUUUGUAAAGAAUCUUCAGCAAGUGUUUGGAGAAGAAAAAAAGCUCUGGUUACUACCCAUUGCCUCUAGCCAGGGCGAUGGACAUUUUUUCCCAAUGAGAGCUCUGUGUGAAGCUCAGAAUCCUCUCCUGGCAAACGAAGAGCAGUGGGAAGAUGAUGGAAUAGAUGAAGAGCCUCAUGAUUCUGGUGAAGCUUCAUCCCUUGCCAUAGAAAGGGAGACAUAGCAGUUAGAAAAUGCAGCAGUAUGAAGCUUGUUCAGAAAGCUUUCCUCUCAGAAGUCAGCAUCCCUUUUCCUGGCAUGGACUUCACUUUUGAGGGGCAGAAAACAAGUGGAUCUUCAAGAUGAGAAAACAUCAUGAAGUAUCAUCUGAUUGGAAUCUGCAUUCUGGAGUGCUUCUCCAGAAAUCACGCUAUCCAGAUUUUUCAGGGCUUUAUAAGUUUAAGUUACAGAGUGAACAGAACAGUUCUACAGAGUGAUUCUGGCCAAUUUUCUUUGGCCCGCUCUCUUUAUUUUAUAAAUAAUAUAUAUUUUUUAUUGAAAAUAGGUAAAAUGUACUGAUGCAAGGUGUUGUGGUUUAGCCCCAGCCAGCAACAAAGAACCAUGGGUCUUUCGUUCAUUUCGCACCCCUAUCCACUCCCCCCCCAGCAGCAGGAUGGGGGGAGAAUUGGAAGAAAAAGGCAAAAAUUGUGGGUUGAGAUAAAAGCUGUUUAAAAGAACAGCAAAGGAAAGAGGAAAACUACAAUAACACUGAUAGAGGAAUGUACAAAACCGUUAAUGUACCACUGCUCACCCACUGGAACCCGAAGCCCAGCCCUCUGAUUUCCCUCUCUGCCCCUUCUCCCCCCCAGCUGUGUACUGGGCAUGAUGUCACAUGGUAGGGAAUACCCCUUUGACUGGUGCUCGACGUGUCCUGUCCCAGCUCCCUCUGAAAUUUAACCUUGUACCCACCAGAACCAGGACACAAGGGCAUUUCCAAAGGCCUUUUAACUUUGCAAACAUCAGGGACUCAAGUUCUUGAAAUUCUUCCAAGCCAUAAUAUUCUUGGGAAUGGUGUUUAUUUUGAGACUGAUUCUCCAACCCUCUGACAAGUAGGAUUUUCUAAUGUGUUUAAAGUUCUGUCUGAGUCAGUUCAACUCGAUGAGAGACAGACCCUCUUAAAUUUGGCACUAAAUUGAUAGUUGGACGUGUGUUGAAAGAAAAAGUGCUGAACGCGCACACAUAAACGUGCAGCUGUAUACAAGAAUAAAAUAUCCACAUUGCCAGUAUCAAGAUUCAAGAAUAUUGUGGCCAUAGAUUAUUUUUUAUAAUUGUUUUAGGAGGGUGUGAUCAUUUUAGAGUUUGAGUUAUACUGCCCUUUGAGCCCAAUCCUACUUGCAGGCACCUAAAAUGUGAAAGGGAACUUUAGACACUGCAUUAAUUCCCAGGGUUACAAUAUCAACUCAUUCCUGGAUCAGGUUUGAUGGAAAUUUGUGUGUUUAUGGAGGCAGAAAAGAAGAUGUAAAUUCAAAACACAAGUUGGAAAUGUGCACUGAAAGUUUAGCUCCAACAGUAGUGUUUGGAGUUUAUGCUCCGCAAAGGUGGUUUCAGUCCCAUAAUGCUGAAGAGGUGAGUCAUGUGUUGAACUUUUUCAGACUUCUUAAGUAAAUGUAAAAACUGAUGGUUUAAAGUUUUUUUUUUUUUUAGCACUAAGAGGUGAUCAGAUUUUUUUCUUCCUCUUGCUCCAUUUGCAGUCAAAGGGAUGUAUCACUGGGUUUAUUCUGUGGAACGGAACUGAGAGUUUUCUGGCAGGUUUAUAUGCAUUUUUCUAGACCUGAGUCUUUUUUUUAUCAGCACGGUUCAGACCUGGUGACUCCAUCACGUCUGAAUUGGGUGCAUGCUUAAAGCAUUAGCAUACUGCCUUUAAGAUCAUUUGUUACCAUUUUCUAUCUCAUUUUUGUGCUUAUCACCCCAUUUGUGUUGACAGUGAUGACAGAAGCAGUUGCCCGUGUCAUGAGAAAUUACCUGGGUAGUAUCUGUUUGGUGGCAAGGGCUUUGUCUCCAUACUGAAUCCUUUUUUCCUCUGUUUGCUUUGCUGCUGCUACCAGUGGGAAUACGCUUGUGAGACAGAAGAGAGUCUUGCAGCAAUUUUCUGUCCGUAAGAGUAGAGGUUUAAUGACCCGGUAUAAGCAGUGCCCUGCAGACAGGUAUUUCAUACAUCAGACAGUGACUGCUGUAAAAUGUCUUUAUUGCUGAAGGUCGGUUGUUGGGAGUCAGGGUGGGCUCUGCCAGGCUCGGUGUGGGUGACUCGCUCUUCUCAGAGCGGGACUGAACACCCUCAGUGUUCCUGCUUGAACCAUGUCUGCUGGGGGGUUCUGUCACCUAACGGCCCUUGAGUGCUGAAACUACUUCUUGUGUCAAUCUAAACCUGUGUUUCUGGUGUCAGUCUCGUGGUGGACCUUAAGCUGUGUUUGGUGAAAGAUGGCAGUAGAAUUAAUCAUCUCAUUGUUAGCAAAACCUCUUCUGGAGGGGGCUCUUGAGAGCAAGAUGGCAGCUAAACACAAUAGGAAUGUCUGGGAAUUUAGCACCAACAGAGGUGCUGUUUGUGCCUUUUAAAACUCUAAUUUCCUUGUAUAGAAAACCAGGAAGAUGUGUUGGUGACAUUCUGUUCUGUUCUGUCAACUGAAGUGUAUUUAAGAUGGGGAUAUCAGAGCUGUGUCUGGAGCCAUGUGGAUUUACAGGAGUCUUUGGAGCAGGUUCUUGUACCCUGUCUGGAUUUGGUUCUGUUUACAGCCCUGUCCUUCUUUCGGUGUCACUUCUGCCCAGCAGCAGCUGAGUUACCAGCAGGCUCUGCAGCUGCAGCACUGGUCACUAGGUAGUGUGUAAAAGCAGUUUUUAUCUUCUGGUUAUUAUUAAAGCAGCUGUCUUUAUGAUACGACAGCUAUCCAGCUCAGGUUCAGAAACCAUUUUAAAGGUUUCCAAGUAACUGACUCUUACUGAGUAACCUUUCUUGUAAUUCAUUACGGCCACUUUUUCCCGUUCCUUCAGAGUGGCUCAGCCUCACUUGGUUGUAACAAACUCUUGCCCAGGUGGAAACCAUAAAUAUUUUGGUAGCUUUGGAACCACUUCGUAUCAAUAUUGCCAUGUCAGAUUGUUAAAAGCUUCAGAAUGAAACAUGAAACAAAUGGAAAAGUUGUGUAAAAAUGAGGCAGAACAAAAUGUGGAAAAACCAUGUGUCUGAGUGACUGAACAAGGGCGAUAUCCUGUGCUGUGCCUGGCACUGGUUCUGUUUGUGCCGUGGCUCAGUCGGGCAGGUUCCUUGGCAUCCCGUGGUCCAGGCUGGGUGCAGAAGCUGCCCCGAGAGGCGGGUGUCUGGGGACACAGCCCCAGCCUCGCGUUUCCUGGUGACAUUGUGUGUCUGUGUUCUUCAAGGCAGCACAGAAAUGAAGAGUCGGAUCCCUGUGGGGAGACUCAGUGUUUCUCAAAAUCCUGCUGUGAGACCUCUUUGCUGGGAGCAUUAUCGCAGCUGAUGCUGCAAACAUGAUCACAGGUGGCCUACUAAGGAGAAUACGGUUUUUCUAAUUAGCAUUUUAGGCCUUUUUAAAAAGGCUGUUAACUAGAGAUCUGGGCAGUGUAAAAGCAGUAAUUUUGAGUGCACCCCCUGCUACCUGUGGUUCUAAUGCUGGGCUCCUCUUUACUUUUUAAAUUUACUUUAUUUUGUCCUUAGCUUCUGAAAGAACGUUGCGUACAAAUAAUGUGAUAAAUGCAGGAUGCAUAAAGUUCUGUCAAAUAUGCUAUGUAAAUGCACUGGAAAAUAGAAAUUCCUCAGGCUGUCUGUAGUCGCUGCCACAGAUAACAAAAGAGAGAAAGUGCUCGGCUGAGCUCACGGUCGAUUUUUAAAAACCCAAAUAGCUCUUUAAGAAGUACACCCACUACAGCAUCUACCGUGUGCUCUGUCCCUCCCUCUAAUCCGCACCCAAGGGCUGUCCCUGCCAUCACUAACUCUAAGGGCUGUGCAAUCAAACCUCUCCCUUACCUGUAGCGUGACACACCUCGCCUGCCUGACAGAGUUCAGUUGUGUGACCGUGGUGCUCCCUGAGCUGUGUAACUGCAGCUGGGGCAGUGGGGAAGCAGAAGCACCACUCUCUCCACCCCAUCCAGGGGGCCAUUUUCUCUGGCUUUGAAUCAGAUCUACAGUACAGAAUAAAGCAGAAAAUCAGUGGUUUUCAGCUCAGGGUCAGAAACGGCUCUUGUCUGUAGAGGAUCUUGUGCUGCCAGCAGAGCUGGAGGUGUAGGAACACCUGUAUUUAGGGAACAACUUUGUUGGCUGAGCUUAAAGUAGCCAGGGGAGGUGGAUCUGACUGCCAGCAGGAGAGUGCUCUUCACAUGGCCACAAGGCUGCUCUGUAGAGCAGAUAGGGUAUUCUGAUGAGACCAUGGAAGCUGGAAUGGGACCACCAGAUGCUGACUGUAAUUCUGCCAUCGGUCAUCAGGUAGUAAUACAUGUAGCUUGAGUGACAGCAGCGCUGCAGGUGUCUCACCAGGAGCGUCUCUGAAAGUGUGGAACGCAGCCAUGGGUUUGUUAGCUUGAAUCAGGGCACAGAAGUGUGUUCCACCUCAGCACAGCGUGUUCUACCUUGCCUUUGGCAUGUUUGUUGUUUGUAUUUCAGCAUUUUCCAAAUGCAUUUCCUGUCCUUCAUGUGAGCGAGGACUUUCUCUGCUAUAAGCAACUUUUCCAAGUGCUGUCAUUGUGUGACAGAGGAACGUGCUUGCUGGAUCUUACUGUGGUACCUGCCACCACUGUCUUCUCCCUGCACUCCUGGGUUAAUGCUCCGCAGUAACUGACCACCAAGACCCACCUCUGCACCUCUCUUCCCUCUCCCAUUAUGUUCAGGUACACUGUACUCUUAAAAAAAAAAAAAAAAAAAAAAAAAAAAAAAA